AAAAAAAAGUUGUACGCACUUUUCAGCUGCCUCAAAUUUUCUUGUGUGUGUUUGUGUAGAAAGAGAAUUACUUCAUCAAGAUGAACCAAUCCCAGAACAUGAGCCACCAAGCUGGCCAGGCCAAGGGCCAAGCUCAAGAAAAGGCCAGUGGCAUGAUGGACCAAAUGGGCAAUGCUGCCCAAUCUGCCAAGGAAUCAGCCCAGGGGGCUGGUCAGCAAAUGAUGGAGAAGGCUCAGGGAGCAGCUGACUCCGUCAAGGAUGCAGUUGGCGCCAACAAAAGAAGCUGAGAUGGGGAUCUCAUCAGUCCAAUUCCUCCAAAAUUUCGUGUUCCCGUUUUUGUUUUGUGAUUCUUUCUUUUUUGGUCCAUCUUUUGCUUAAACUUGCUGUUUGAAGCAAGAACAAGUUCUGAUCAUGCAACCACUUACUGUUCAGAGAACAUUUUGCUAAUAAUCUCAAUGAUAUUGUUUCUCUAGCACCAA